AUGAUUUAUCCAAAAUUCUUUAAUAAUAUUUGGGCUGCAAGUGCAUUUAAAGGUGGUAUUGAUCGUUUUUCAAUGAUAACAAAUACAACACAUCAUGUAUUAAAUAAUCGUCAAUGGCUUCAUUUUAUGCAAUCACCAACUUUUGAAGAAAAAUAUUUCUCAGCUAUCAUACUUACCGGUUGGUCAAGAUUUGAUCAUUUUAUGCCCUUAUGUGAUAUAUUACCAACAGCUUAUCCAUCACUUCUUUAUAGUUUACAUAUCUUAAAUACAGAUCAAUAUCUUGCUGAUAAACCAUUUUAUGAUUGUGAAACUUUAAUGAAAUCAAUUGGUAAAUAUUCACAAUUAUGUAAAUUAUUGCCAGGUAUUUCUAUUUUUUCAAGUAUAUCAUCUUUAUUCACAGUUGUUUCGAAAAUUCAAAAUCUUUUAAAACUUUUGUAUGAUACAUCACCUGAAUAUAAUCGAAAACAUUCAUUUGUACGUCGUUAUGAACUUGAUUCACAAUUAACUGAAUUAAAAAGUUUUCAAAAUGAUCUAUUAUCAAGUAAAGAACGAUUAAAUCAUGAUCUAUCGAAUCUUUAUUCAAAAGAUAUUAUUGAUGAAUGGUUUGAUCUUUAUGUAAUACCAAUAGAAAAUCAAAUGUAUAAGGCAUAUAUUGACUUUUCACCUGUAUUUAAUAUAACAUCAUGGGUACGACGACCACUUAUCUAG